CGUCGUGAACAGAACUAUCUCUUGAGAGAGUCAGCUAAAAAAAAAAAAAACACAGCCUUUUGUGCGCAAAUCAGUGUGAAAUUUGUGAAAUUGUCGAUUCAAUUCCGAUACAAGCUUAUCAAAUUGCGAUUCUUAAUGGCAUCAAGCGCUGAACAUCGUUAUAGAGAUUUCUUGUUCAUAUCACAGUAAUUUCCUUUGUGUGAAUAUAUUCAACAAACACUCAACCUAAGUGCAAAGUCCAGUUCAGAAAGCAAAAACAAUUUAUAUAUACUUUACAUACUUAUGGUAUCUCAGAUAAGAGUUGUAUCUAGAUGCUAAUUAGGUAACCGUGUGCGAAAAAAAAUUAAUUUCAAAAAAACCCCUUAUCUGAAUCGGUUAAACUAUAGCUAGACAUCUGCCUAUAGUCCUUAUCUAUAUAUUGGCUUAGUGCCCCAAUACUAUGUUCGCUGUGUCUACCGUUGCUGCCUCAUCAACAACAACAACAACAGAAGCGAUAGUGAGCAACCAGAAGAAGUCUAACCCCAAGCUGAGCUUCAACGUCAUGCAACACUCGCCUGUCGUUGUCCUCAUGUGUGUGCAACAUUCGCAGCAGCAAGUUCCCAUGCUAAACAAUUUCAUGUGUAUGCGUAUGCGUGGCUGGCAUAAUAACCAAAACAUUAAUCACUGCAACAAGCACGUAAAUACCACCACGUGUGGCACCGGUACCUGUACUAAGAACACUCUUAAGAAGUUGCUACGAAAGAAGCGGAACGCCACAAUUCGGGGCAACAUUCGCUGUGGCUGUUUUAUUCGCUUUUGAGGCACCAAUCAUCAGCAGCAAGAAAAUCCCACUCCAGCACAGCCCAGUCCAGCCCACCAUACAUACACUGAUCCUGAAACCACAAGGAACCACCUUUUGUGUCGUCAUCGGAACUUGCUUGCCCCGGCAGCAACAUGAUGGACGAAUACCUGCAAGACAUAGAAGCAACGUCAUCGUGUAGCAGCGAAAGCGGAAAGGAGAUUUUUACUGAAACGGAUAUUCUUGACUUUGACUUUGAUAUAAACUUGAUUGCCGAGGAUCACAUUGAGCUUGAGCCCAAGAAAAUGGAUCGGUGCAAUCUGGUUAUGGAUGACAUCAACAACGACAACCUCGACGACUUUAAACUUCAAAUGGAUGAUUACGAUUUCCAGCAACUGACUGGAGAGGAGGAGACCCUGGACAUGGCCCCCAUGUGCGGCAUCAACUUCAAUCAACCCAAUAAUUUCAUAGACCUUAACGACAUACUAACCGGAUCCCAGGACCCCAUGCUCUCAACACUCUCACAGACCUCCACCAACACCAAAUGCUUCAGCGAAGAACCGCUGCUGGCCGACGAGAACAGCUACGGCGGCAGCAUGUACGUCUGUAGUCAGGAAUCGUUGGGCUUCGGCCAGGUGGACGAUGUCAAGCCAGUUACCGAUCCGGAAGUUGGCGGCAGCAGCGUCUCCGUGGCCAUCCGACACACCCUGUCCAACCCUCUGGUUGGACUAAAGCGCACGGCCUCGGCGGCAGUGCUCGCCCCUGCGGGCGAGACACAGGCGCAGAAGCGGAGCAAGCUGAUGGUCAAGAUCAACAGCCAGUCGCCGCCUGCAUUCAGCCAAUCAGAAGACAUAAGCACACCCGACAUCAUUGAGCACGUCUUGAAUUUUGAGAGGCCCGAGGCCGCCAACACCACCAUCAUCACAUCACAUGCCGGAAUCAUCGAGGAUCUGCGGAGCGCCGAGGAGGAAACCACCACCGAUUUCUCAGCUCCGAACACACCGCACAGCUACUACUCGGCGUGCUCCUCCAGCGUAGCCCCAACCUGCCAGUCAGGGUUCGGCGGCUUCCUCACUGCUCCAGCCUCCCCCGCCUACUCAGUCGCCAGUACCUCCCAGUUCAGUGCCACCACCUCGACGAACGGAAACGCCAACAAGCGAAAGCGCGGCCGUCCCGCCAAAGAGCACGCGGACGGACCAGACCCGGAGGUGAUGUCCCGCAUGGACGACGAGAAGCGAAAGGCAUACAUAGACCGCAUCAAGAACAACGAGGCCAGCCGCGUAUCGCGCCGGAAGACGAAGAGUCGCGAUGAGCUCGAGAAGCAGUUGGAGGAGGAGCUGGUGGCCGAGAACGAAAGCCUGUUGACCCAGUCACAGCGGGUGGACCACAAGGAGACCCUGUUCAAGAACUACCUGAUGGUCCGCCAGCGGAACAACAGCACCUUUGUCAAAAAGGAGCACUAGCAGCCAGGCCAGCCUUAGAUUCUCGUAGCCAUAAAUACAUAGAACUGUCGUUACCUACUGAUAUCGCAUAUUGCGGUGAAUCGCCUUAAGUCGAGAGAGAUCCCCUGUCAUCCAUUGUCUAGUUAAGUUGUUGUUGUAGUUGAGAAGAGAAAGUCCAAUAUCCAUUACAUAUCCCCGCCCAAAGCUGGGGAGAACAUCAUGUGUCAUGACAUUGAACUGAUGUAAAACCUAAACCAUAAUUACCAACAUAUUAUGAAUAGAGGCGCCACAGAGCGCGAGGUGUGAUUAUUUUUAAAACGUACUUUUUAUUAUGUUUGCAAGAACUUUAAAAUUUUACCACCAUGUUUUUUGUAUCCACGUAUAAUGUUUUGAUCCUAAGUGUAAUCUCAAAAACACAAAAUCACAAAAAAAAAAAACCUCUUUAUGGGUAGAGAUUACAAAAUGUAUUGUUUUAACCUCA